AUUGUACACAUUUGUCAAAACUCACAGAACUAUACGCUUAAAAAGGUGAAAUUUACUAUGUGUAAAUUAUACUGUAAUUUUUAAAAAUGAAAAAAGUUCUCUUUUAAGCAGUAAAAAUUAACUUUAUUAAAUCUUAAUUUUUAGGCAGGUCGUGUGUACCUCAGCCGAGAAGGAUGCGUUGAGGCUGGCAUACCCAUCAAGGGCAGUGACUACCAUGGCUUCCAGUGCUUUGGCCAAACCUCAGAUGUGUGGCCUCUUGGCCAGGCACCUACAGAUUCAUAUUGUUAGAGCAUUUGUUGUAUCCCUGGGGGUUGCAGCUUUCUAUAAGUAUGCUGUGGCUGAACAAAGAAAGAAGGCAUAUGCAGAUUUCUACAGAAAUUAUGAUUCAAUGAAAGAUUUUGAGGAGAUGAGGAAGGCUGGUGUCUUUCAGAGCGUAAAGUGAUUUUGGAAUAUAAAGAAUUUCUUUGGGCUGAUUUACAUAGACA